AUUGUCCCGAUAGCUUAUGGAAUUUGGGAUUCUGAAUCCAAAGCCUCGUGGAAUUGGUUUUUUACCAAAGUGAGAGAAUCCAUAACCUUUAGACAAGAUAUGUUUAUCAUAUCUGACCGACAUGAAUGCAUUCUCAGUGCUGCCAAGUAGAUUUUCCCUCACGCUCUUCAUGGCUAUUGUGUGGCGCACCUUCGGCGUAACAUGAUUCCUAAUUUUAAGGGCGGUAAGAAUUAAAGCUGGAAAUUCAGAGCUGCAUAUGAUGCUUCGACAGUCAAGGAAUAUGAGGAAUAUAUGUGCUUGUUGGAUUCUGAAGAUGUCCGUAUACGACCUUGGCUUGAAAAGAUUGGCGUUGAAAAGUGGGCUAAAUGCAUGUCCAGUCCUAGGAUAUAUGAUGUGAUGACUUCAAAUUGUGCUGAAUCUCUUAACAAUGUUAAUGUUUCUGCGAGGGAGUAUUCUAUAUCAAAACUAGUUGACUUUCUGAGGGAAAGAAUGAAGUUGUGGUUCACUGAAAGGAAAGAACUUGCUGAGAAAACGUGCACUAUUUUGGCUACUAAACGUGAGAAGCAUUUGGUGGCGCGUCAAGGUCAGGCUUGCAGGAUGCAGGUAAAGCCAGCGUCUUAUAUAGAGUUUGAAGUUGUGGAUAGGCACUGUCGCUCAUUUUUGGUUGACCUCAAUGCUAAGACAUGUACUUGCAACGUCUUUCAAUUGACUCACUUCGUUUGUGUGCAUGCAGUUGCUGCUAUUGGUACCCGCCCUGCCAUGUCAUGUUAUUCUUUUAUAUCUCCAUAUUACACUCGUGAUACUUGGC